AAUCUGCUCUGAACUCGCCGGGGAAGAAGCCAUGGAAUCCAUGGCUUUCCGGCUGGUUGAGAGGCCGUUUGAAGCGGAGGAUCGAGCGAAGGAGUUUGAUCCUGGCAUGCCGCCGCCAUUCAGAAUUGCUGAGAUCCGCGCGGCGAUACCGAAUCACUGCUGGGAGAAGAAUCUAUGGCGGUCGAUGAGCUACGUAGCUCGAGACGUCGCCGUCGUCUUCGUCCUCGCGGCGGCGGCUGCUUGUAUCGACAGGUGGGUUGUUUGGCCUCUGUAUUGGGCUGCUCAGGGGACGAUGUUCUGGGCUCUCUUCGUUCUCGGCCAUGACUGUGGGCAUGGAAGCUUUUCGAAUAACCGCAGGGUGAACACUGUUGUUGGGCAUUUCAUUCAUACCUUCAUUCUGGUGCCGUAUCAUGGAUGGAGAAUAAGCCAUAGAACUCAUCAUCAAAACCACGGACAUGUGGAGAACGAUGAAUCCUGGCACCCUUUGACUAAAAGUGUUUAUGAGAGCUUAGCUCCAGUAACUAAGAAGCUUAGAUUCACAUUUCCUUUCCCAAUAUUCGCCUUCCCCAUCUACCUGUGGACACGAAGUCCAGGAAAGAGAGGAUCACACUUCAAUCCUGAGAGUGAUUUAUUUGCCCAGAAUGAAAGGAAAGAUGUUAUUACCUCUACAGUUUGUUGGAUGGCCAUGGCUGCUCUGUUAACAAAAUUAACCUUGCUUUUUGGCCCUCUGCAAAUGAUCAAACUUUAUGCAACUCCUUACUUGAUUUUUGUGAUGUGGUUGGACUUCGUGACUUAUUUGCAUCACCAUGGACACGAUGGAAAUCUUCCCUGGUAUCGUGGCAAGGAAUGGAGUUAUCUUCGAGGAGGAUUAACGACGAUCGAUCGUGACUACGGAUGGAUCAACAACAUCCACCACGACAUUGGUACUCAUGUGAUUCAUCACCUCUUCCCACAAAUACCACAUUACAAUCUUGUAGAAGCCACUAAGGCCGCGAAGCCGGUGCUUGGAAAAUACUAUAGAGAACCGGAGAAAUCUGCAUUUUUACCAUUCCACUUGUUUAGAGCUAUAUUAAAGAGCUUGAGACAGGACCACUACGUAAGCGAUAUUGGAGACGUUGUGUACUAUGAGAAGAAUUCAAAGUAGUGAUUCUUUUCAUGUUCGGAAUAAAAGCGAAGAAGGGGGUUCUAUUUAUAAUAAGUGUGCUCCAAAAAUUUUGUUGUUUCAAGUAAAAAUUGUAACUUUUAUUUUUUAAAAAAAGUAGCCGUUGCCCAUUGUCCACAAUUUAUUGUUCCAAAUAAAUGAUGAGGAUUAGUGAUUUCACUUCAA